AUGCCCGCCACCAUUCUGACCGGCCACACGCACGAAGUUACCUCCGUCGCCUUUUCCCCAGACGGCAAACGCAUCGUCUCCGGCUCGAAUGACUUUACAAUCCAAAUUUGGGACGUGGAGACGGGCAAGACGAUCGGCAAGCCGCUCGAGGGACACCACCGAUCCAUCACCUCCGUCGCCUGGUCUCCAAACGGCAAGCUCAUCGCCUCUGGCUCGUACGACUGCACCGCUCGGCUCUGGGACGCAAAGACGCGGCGCGCGGUGGGCAAGCCGCUCGAGGGACACACAGACUGGGUCUGGUCCGUCGCCUUCUCGCCAACUGGCAAGCGCGUCGUCUCUGGCUCCGAAGAUCGCACCGUACGCAUAUGGUGCACCAAGCCCGGCAAGGUGGCGGGCAAGACGCUCAGAGGGCACUACGAUCUCGUCCGCUGCGUCGCCUUCUCCCCAGAUGGCAAAAGGGUCCCCUCGGGCUCGUACGACCGUACAAUCAGGCUAUGGAACGCGAGGACCGGGAAGCGCGUAGGCGACCUGCUCGAAGGCCAUGCCGAUUGGGUCAUGUGCAUCGCCUUCUCCCCAGACGGCAAACGCAUCGUAUCCGGCUCGCGCGACUGCACCAUCCGCAUCUAG